CAGGAGGAGGUGGGGGGGGUGGACUCGUCCACGCAAACAUUGCCGCGUCAUUAAAAUUCACACACAAAAUGUAGCGCUAAUAAAAACAAAUGCUAUGCACUGAUAUCCACGGUGGUGCUUAUAGUUGUUAAAAUGUAAAGUUUGCGGCGGGCCUUUGUGAAGAGUUACUCCCGCACGACUGGUUUGGUUUGUGUUUUGGUUCAAGGGUUCAUGGGCGGAAGAAUGAGGAAGUAGCUGGUUAUAAACGCUGGAGGGGAGCUAGGAGGGAGCUCGGCGUAUGCUGGCACGUACGGCUGAACUAUUCCCUGUCAAAGAUAGAGCUACUUUACGUUUGUAGGAGGUGAAACACGUUGCAUGUUGUUCAUCUGAUGACCCUGGUAGACCACAAGCGAAACCAGAUGAUGUGUUUAGCUGCAAGCUGGUCACAUGGUGUUUGUCAUAACGGCUAUGAAUUCCUGUGAGCAUGGGGAAAUUUCAGGCGAAGCGAUGCUUGAGAAAGAACACAAGCAUAUCCAGGACGUUAAAGAAGAGAGGGAGGACUUUGUUAUUUGUGAGCCACCUCAAGGAGAUGGGGGAGGAUCUCCUGCGGCUACCGGAGCUGGUAAACGGUCAUCUGCAGAGAUCGACUCUGAUACAGACCAGUCCACGAGCAGCAAGAGAGCCAGAAUCUCUACAGAGAUGAGGCGGCACCUGAUGGAUGAGAGCAGCAGACAUGAGCCUCUUUGCCUCAGCACCGCUGGAGAGAAGAAGGAUUGUGUCCAGGAGAAAUCCAGAGUCUCCUACAGAAAGCCUCUCUUCAGCAUCUCCCACAGGAUCUCGGAGAAGAGGAACACACCAAGUCUGGAGCAGCAAGUCAGUCAAUGUGGCGUGAAUCAGCUCAACUACAGUAGCAUCUUCUCAUCCAAACUCCAAAGUCCAGAGCAAAACGGCCAAGUGGAGACUUGUCCCCCCACGGACAGCGCAGGACAACCUUCCUCAACAGACUCUAGCCUUUAUCCGCUUAUUGAAAAAAUGUUUUUCAUCCUCAAUACCUUAAAUUCCAGCAUGACCCAACUCCACAGUAAAGUUGACUUGUUAACCCUUGAAGUCAUGCGGAUUAAGAAACAGAUCAAACCAGCUGAGAUGGUGACGGAGUUCCAGCCUCCACCUGAGUAUCUGCUAACGAGUGACGAAUUGAAUCAACUGAUGGAGCAGACAUCUGGUGCUGGGGAGCUGGGAUGUCGGCUGCUGGUGCAUCUGUUCCCGGAGCUGUUCAAAGCUAGGGAGUGCUCUCACGACUGCAUGGCGAGCAAGCGAACUCUGGAAUCUCUCCACCUGCAGCUGAUUCGCAACUAUGUUGAGGUAUGCUACCCGUUAGUCAAGAACAACAAUGUGUGGCAAGAAGAAUGCCUCCUUCAGAUCAAUGACUUCUUUAAUCGCUUCUGGGCACAGAGAGACAUGGAGAGUGCCCGCCUGCUCAGGAAGCAAACAAUCACAGGUGCUGGUAUAAAAGCUGAAUGUCCUCAGACCUAUCGCUUCAUUAAUGAGCAGGGUCAAGAGGAACACAUCUCUGUAGAUAACCAACAGAGCAGCCUGUCUGUGUCAGACUUUGCAUUCAAUACACAAGUCACAGAGGAGUUGGAUGAGUUCUCCUCCCCUGAAGACUUUGUAAUUUUUCUUAUGCACCGUCUCUUCCCUGAGGUUUUUGAAGAGGGUAAAAUGCCAGAAGGUUCCAGCAGUUUUAGUAGUGUGGGACAGCUGAUUUUGGACUCUGACAAGAUGGAAAUAAUAAGAAAGUACAUGGAGGCAAACUUUCCUGACGUGCCCGAGGACAGCUGGCUUCAGGUGUGCAUUCAGCACAUGGAAGAUGCACUUGAUGGUCCUCAUAGUAAUGGCAAUGGAAGUGAUCCUGACAACAUCAACGACGAGGGCUAUGACCUGGCUAGCCUUCCUGAAGAGGUUUCUAUUAUUAAGGUUCCAGAGGUGAGUGAAUAUGAAAGGCCUAGUCGCAAGUCCAAAAAGUCAUUGCUUACUCCUGUGGAUUUUGACAAUCUAGAAAUUCCUCUUCCUGACUUCACUGUUCCCCAGGAGUUCAUCUUGUCCAGGGAACAGCUCAAGAACAACUAUGAAUGUAGCUUGUCCAUUGGAAACUUUGCCUCUCGGCUGCUGGUGCUUAUGUUCCCUGAGCUCUUUACCCAUGAGAACAUUAGAAAGCAGUACAACUGCAGUGGUUCCCUUGGGAAAAAGCAGCUUGACCCUGUUCGUGUCAACCUGAUCCGUCACUAUGUGCAGUUAGUCUACCCUCGAGCCAAAAACGACCGAGUUUGGAUGUUAGAAUUUGUGGGCAAACUUGAUGAGAGGUGCAGGAGGCGUGACACGGAGCAAAGGAGAUCUUAUCUGCAGCAACGCAAAGUGUAUGGACAAGAUUCAGACCAGGACUUCCUUUGCCAGCUAAACCAGCUGAAUCCGGAUAACACUAGAGAGGAUCCAGAUAUCCCCUCUUUACCUCCUGAGAAAAGUAGCAAAGACUUCUGCAAAAUUCCCCUCGACGAACUGACUGUAUCCAAACCUGAUUUCCCAGUACCUUCUGUCUACCUGCUCACAGACACUGAGGUACGGGAAAUCGUCCAGCAGAGCCUCUCUGUUGGUAACUUUGCUGCCCGCCUAUUGGUGCGCCUCUUCCCGGAGCUCUUCACCCAGGAGAACCUGCGGCUGCAGUACAACCAUUCAGGCGCCUGCAAUAAGAAGCAGCUCGACCCCGUGCGACUGAGACUGAUCCGUCACUAUGUGGAAGCAGUGUAUCCUGUGGAUAAGAUGGAGGAGGUGUGGCACUAUGAAUGUGUGCCAAGCAUUGACGAGCGCUGCCGGCGUCCCAAUCGCAAGAAAUGUGACAUUCUUAAAAAGGCCAAGAGGUCAAGCACUGUGUCCUAGUUACAGUACUCUGCAGUUAGUCAACACUUUGUCACAAAAAAAUAAUUGCACAGUAUAUAAGCUGAAACUGCAUUGUUGAGCUUUUACCAACUGUCCUAUGUAGGAUGAAGCCAAGCUGUUAUGAGUUUCUUCACUAGUCUUCUUACUCAUAUUUUACCUUUUGGCUACAGCAGUAGAUGUUCUAGUUUACAUAGUCUUAUUAUUGUUGGAUAAAAAGUUCAAAUUGCUCCUAUUUAUAAGCCAAACUGUCAUAGCUUACCUAACAUACUGUACUUUGUUGAUAAGUGUUGUAGCCUUAAAAAUGAUAACAAUGAUAGUAGCUAACAGCAUAGAUCACACAUUUGCUCUAUGAAUAGAAAUGAGUGACAAUGGUGUGAUAUAUUUCCAUUGCAGUUACUGAUGUAGCAUUGUGCCACCACUGUUUUAAUAACAAUUUGCUUAUGUUAAGCCUUCUUAUAGAAGUUUAUAUUAUAAAGAUAAUUUAACAUGACAAUGGAUCAUGGUAACAAAUUUCUAAUAAAAUCACAAGUAUAAA